AUGGGGCAAGAAAAUAAAUCCACAAACACAGAUUUCAUCCUGCUGGGUCUAUUUGAGUCUCAGUAUCCUGGUUUGUUUAUUGUCAUCAUCCUUCUGAUUCUCAUGGUGGCCGUCACUGGAAACUCUAUCCUGGCCUUGCUGAUCUGGGGCAACGCCCACCUUCACACUCCCAUGUAUCUCCUGCUCAGCCAGCUCUCCCUCAUGGACCUCACACUCAUCACCACCACCGUCCCCAAGAUGGCUGUUGACUUCUUCUCGGGAAACAGAGGUAUCUCUCGCCUUGGCUGUGGAGUCCAAAUCUUUCUUUACUUGAUGUUAGGAGUGGCUGAGUGUAUUCUUCUGACUCUCAUGGCCUUUGACCGCUACCUAGCCAUCUGUAAUCCUCUGAGAUACUCAGUCUUCAUGACCCCCAGGGUCUGUGCACAAAUGGCUGCCAGUUCCUGGGCUGGAGGUGCUCUUAGCUCCUUCAUUUACACAGUUUGGGUCAUGCAUUUUUCUACCUGUGAUUCCAGGGAGAUUCAUCAUUUUUAUUGUGAAGUAAUGGCCCUUCUAAAACUCUCUUGUGAAGACACUUCCACCUAUGAGAAAGUGGUUUUGGCAGCAGGCAUCAUUUUCCUUCUCGUCCCCUUUGGACUCAUCCUGACCUCCUACAACCUCAUCUUUUUCACUGUCCUACGCAUGAACUCCUCUGAUGGCAAGAAGAAGGCUCUGGCUACCUGUUCCUCUCACCUUGGUGUAGUGAGUCUCUACUUUGGUCCAGCCAUGAUUAUUUAUAUGAGUCCAAUUUCCUCUCUCUCCCCAGAGAUGGACCAGCAUCUCUUUGUGUUUGAUGCCAUCAUCACUCCCAUGCUAAAUCCCCUAAUCUAUAGCCUUCGGAACAAGGAAGUGGUGAUGGCUUUGAAGAAAGUGCUAGGAAGAAGGCUGAUAUUUAAGAGGAAAUGCUAG